AUGUCGAGCACUGUUGGGCAAGUCAUAAAAUGCAAAGCUGCGGUGGCGUGGGAAGCAGGAAAGCCACUAGUGAUGGAAGAGGUGGAGGUGGCGCCACCGCAGAAAAUGGAGGUUCGUCUGAAGAUCCUCUUCACUUCACUCUGCCACACUGAUUUAUACUUUUGGGAAGCCAAGGCACAAGACUCUGUUUUUCCUCGAAUCCUUGGACAUGAAGCUGCAGGGAUUGUUGAGAGUGUUGGAGAGGGUGUGACAGAAUUGGCACCGGGAGAUCACGUUCUUCCGGUAUUCACCGGGGAAUGCAAAGAAUGUGCCCAUUGCAAAUCAGAAGAAAGCAAUAUGUGCAGCCUCCUCAGGAUCAACACUGAUAGGGGAGUGAUGAUUAACGAUGGCCAAACUCGAUUCUCCAUUAAUGGCAAACCGAUUUACCAUUUCGUUGGGACGUCUACCUUUAGCGAAUACACUGUGGUACAUGUUGGUUGUGUUGCCAAGAUCAACCCUCUAGCUCCUCUUGACAAAGUUUGUGUCCUUAGUUGUGGAAUCUCUACAGGCCUUGGUGCCACAUUGAAUGUUGCAAAACCGAAGAAGGGAUCGUCGGUGGCUAUCUUUGGGCUGGGAGCCGUAGGUCUUGGUGCUGCAGAAGGAGCUAGAUUGGCUGGUGCUUCGAGAAUCAUUGGUGUUGAUUUGAACUCUGGCAGAUUUGAAGAAGCAAAGAAAUUUGGUGUGACUGAAUUUGUGAACCCGAAGGACCAUAAAAAACCAGUUCAAGAGGUUAUUGCCGAGAUGACGGAUGGAGGAGUGGAUCGGAGUGUGGAGUGUACCGGAAACGUCAAUGCUAUGAUCUCGGCAUUUGAAUGUGUUCACGAUGGAUGGGGUGUAGCUGUUCUUGUGGGAGUGCCUCAUAAAGAUGCCGAGUUUAAGACACAUCCGAUGAAUUUAUUGAACGAAAGGACUCUUAAGGGCACCUUCUUCGGAAACUAUAAACCGCGAUCUGAUCUUCCAUCAGUCGUAGAACUGUACAUGAACAAAGAACUUGAAUUGGAGAAGUUCAUUACUCAUGAAGUACCAUUUAACGAGAUUAACAAGGCUUUCGAGUUAAUGCUGAAAGGCGAAGGCCUUCGAUACCCAGCUUUCAAAUCCUGCUCUGGGAUUAUUGAGAAGGAUGGCGAAAGAUUAGAACUUGAGAAGAAAAGAAUGAAAUUUAGGGCAAUAGCAUUUUAA